AUGAAAGCAGUUAUCUACACCGGCGACAGAAAGAUCACGGUCGAAGACCGCCCGAAACCAAUCAUUCUGGAACCCAGCGACGCCAUCGUCAAGGUCCUUCAUACCACUAUAUGCGGGACAGACCUGCACAUUCUCCAAGGCCAUGUCCCGUCAUGCACUCCAGGCCGCAUCCUCGGCCACGAAGGAGUGGGCGUCAUCGACUCUCUCGGCGUCGCCGUCACAUACUUCGCCGUCAGCCAGGCCGUGCUCGUCUCCUGCAUCACGUCCUGCGGGACCUGCCAUUACUGCCGCAGGAAGAUGCCGUCUCAAUGUGAAUCGGCGGAUGGAUUCUUGGAAAUCGGAUCGAUGGCACACAGGCCGAAGAGCAUCGACCCGAAAGUCGCUGUUACCCUGUCGGAUACGGUCCCGACUUCUUAUGAAUGUGGGAUCCUGAAUGGUGAGAUUCAGCCCGGGUCGACCAUCGCGAUUAUCGGAACUGGUCCGAUCGGAUUGAUGAUCCUCCAGAUGGCGAGGAAUCUGUUCGGUCCGGCCAUGACGGUGGUCGUGGGAAGGGGUCAGCCCAGGCUGGAGACGGCCAAGUCCAUGGGUGCGGAUCAUACACUCAGUGUUCUCAACGGGCAGGAAGCUGUGAUUUCUUCGGCUCUGGCGGUGACCAAGGAGCGAGGGUUCGAUGUGGUUAUCGAAGCAGUGGGGACUGUUGAAUCUUUUGAGAUUGCGCAGGCUCUGGUAGGCGCUGGGGGGACCAUCGCCAGUCUGGGUGUCUUUGGAGAAUCGUGCCCGCUUCACCUGCAGAAGUUGUGGAAUCGCAAUAUUUGCCUGAGGACUCGGCUAAUUGAUGCUGUCACUACCCCCGAUUUACUGAGAAUGGUAGAGUCUGGUGGCAUCGGUCCUCAUUUUCUGGUCUCGCACAGCUUCACAUUCGAAGAUAUUCACGACGCCUACGAAGCGUUCGAGGUGUCCUCCAAGCAUGGAGCCCUCAAGGUGGUAAUAACCAUGCCUGAGCCUACUACGAAUGGCUCUUCAUAG